AACACAUCAUCAUAAAUUGGUGAUUUAAAGGUUGAAGUAUUUCGAACUGCUGAAUCUAUCACUGCCGGUGCUGGAUAAGGUGUAUCUCUAAACUUGAGUAAACUUAAAGAAGUAUUUUGUAAAAAGCCCACUCCAUUGAUAUUAAGGUUCACAACUGUCAAAGAGAAAUGACGCCUCUACACCUUGCACAACUCCUUUGCCAUAUUUUUACACUGGGACUCUGCAUUGUGUGCAGGGUGCAGGGGGCCUUUGGAUUUGGGAAUGACCGAAUCCUUUUAGACGAUGUCAAAGUGCUGACUUUGUAUGACAAUAAGAUGACCCAGGGACGACGAAGCAGCCCAGUACCACAGCUGAAGUGCGUCGGUGGUUCAGCGGGCUGCUCGGCCUUCAGACCCCAAGUCGUCCAGUGUUAUAAUCGUGGAUCGGAUGGCUAUGACAUACAGUGGGAAUGCAAGACAGACAUGGACAACAGCUACAGGUUUGGGCAGAUUGAGGUGACCUGUGAGGGGUAUCACUCGCCUGAUGAUGAAUACGUCUUGAAAGGCUCCUGUGGUUUGGAGUACACCUUAGACCUAACCAAGGAAGGUAUGCAGUCCCAGAGCUACCAAAAACAGCACAGUUACUAUGGCAACGAUGAUUACCAUGGAAGCAGCUACAAGCGGAAGAGCUCCGGCAUUGGCGACUGGAUCACGCUGGCCAUCAUCGGAGUCAUCAUCUACGGAAUCUACAGGAGCUGUAUCGCCACAAGCACUCAUAAUCCAGACAGACCAGAUGACGGCUACCCAAGGCAAUCAGGCUACGGGUCUGGCUAUGGCUCAGGCGGCAACCCGCCUCCCCCUGGCUUCCGUCCCGGCUAUGGCUCAGACAGUUGCUCUGGCUCCCAGGGGGGCGGGGCCUACGGAACAGGAGGUGGGAGGGGCGGCAUGGGAGGUGGGGGAUUUUGGUCUGGCGCUGCGACCGGCGGCAUUAUGGGAUACCUGUUUGGUGGCAGGGGAAAUCGAGGGUACGGUUAUGGAGCACCAACUUACGGACGGCGCGGUUACGGAACUGGUGGAUUCUUCGGAGGAGGUGGGGGCAGUGGGUACAGAUCAGCAGGCGGAUUCAGCGGGGGAAGUUUUGGCGGAGGAGGGUCUACAGGGACAAGAACUGCCUCUGGUUUUGGUUCGACCAGGAGACGUUGAUCG